AUGGCUUGCCAAGUGGUGCAUAGGUCUGCACCCGGGAUCCGAACUGGCGAACCCUGGGCCGCCAAAGUGGAACAUGCGAACUUAAGCGCUGCACCACUGGGCUGGCCCCUCAACUUCUCCUCUUGAGCCCACUCUCCACCCAGGGAUCCAAGCCAGACACCUGGAUGUCCCGUCAGCCCCUCCGUCCCCCUCACUCCCUCACCUCACAUCUAGUCAGUCUCUGUGUCCUCUGAAUUCCCUCUUCAGGAUUUCUGUAGCUGACCUCUGCCGUCUCAUCCUCCCUGAAGCUGCGUUGAUCCAGGUCCUUGUCACCUCUCCCCCAGCCCAGCACAAGCUCCUCCUGUGUUCCUGUGCGUGAGGAACCACGUGUUCUGAAGCCAGGCAGACCGGAGUUAGAAUCCCAGUGCCACCAUUUUAGAAGCUGCGUGACCUUGGACUGAAAGGGACAGGCCCGGGCCUGGGGCCUCACAGAGCAAGGCCUGCUCUGGGAAGAGCACCCAGCUGUCCCUCCCAGGCUGCCCCAGCCCCACUGACAAUGUACGAGAGAGAGGAGGAUAACGAUGAGGAAGCCUGGCUGAAGCUGCGGCCUGUGGAGCCCUUGCCCUCCCAGUGCUGCGGCGGUGGCUGCUCACCCUGUGUGUUCGACCUCUAUCACCGAGAUCUGGCGAGAUGGGAAGCGGCCCGAGCCAGCAAGGACAGGAGCCUGCUGGGUGGAGAGGAGUCACAGAGCUGCCCCUCCCACCUGAGCCCAGAGACCUUCUUGGCCUUCCGCAUCAGUGCCAUGGACAGACUCACUAAGGACACCUGCCGUGUCCGGUUUGCACUGCCCCGGAAUAGCCAGCUUGGCCUGCGGCCAGGCCAGCACCUCAUCCUACGAGGGAUAGUAAAUGACUUAGAAGUUCAGAGAGCUUAUACGCCCAUCAGCCCUGCCAACGCAGAAGGAUACUUUGAAGUUUUAAUCAAGUGCUACCAAACUGGCCUGAUGUCCCAGUAUGUCGAGUCCUGGAGAGCAGGAGACACGGCCUUCUGGCGAGGACCGUUCGGAGGCUUCUUCUAUCAACCAAACCAGUAUGGUGAGCUCCUCAUGCUGGCUGCGGGCACUGGCCUGGCCCCCAUGGUGCCCAUCCUACAGAGCAUCACAGACAAUGCGGACGAUGAGACCUUUGUCACCCUGGUUGGCUGCUUCAAGACCUUUGAGGGCAUCUACCUGAAAACUUUUCUCCAGGAGCAGGCCCGCUUCUGGAACGUCCGCACCUUCUUUGUGCUCAGCCAGGAGAGCUCCCCGGAGCAGCUUCCCUGGAGUUACCGGGAGAAGACCCGCUUUGGCCGCCUGGCUCAGGACCUGAUUGAAGAGCUGGUCAGCUCCUGUCGCAGAAAGCCGUUUGCAUUGGUCUGUGGCUCAGCCGAGUUUACCAAGGACAUGGCCAGCUGCUUGCUGCGUGCCGGCCUGGCCGAGGACUCCUACUUCCUCUUCUAGGUCUGGCCUCCCUUCCAAAGCCACUGGGAAACAGGAAGUUGCACAGACUGGAAUCAGACGAGGUGGAUGGAAGACUGCCCUAACUCACCAGGUGACCUUGGGCGAAUGACUUCACCUCUGCACACCUCCCUUUUGCAUCUACCCUUCGAGGUUACUGACUCCCUCAGGCUGGCAUCUUGUUGUGUGGAGGGAGGAUGGGGCUGCAGAGCCCCAGGGAGGAGAGUAAGCAGCCCAGCAGUCAGGGAGGACUCCCCGGAGGAAGCCAGGUCCAGGCUGAGCCUCAGGAUGAAUAAGAGUUGGCAGGAGAUGGGGCGGGGGGAGCUUUCCUGCUUCCUCAGAUUAGAGGGCUUGUGAGGGGCUCCUGUAGGACCCUGCCCUGUCCUGCCUGUUCCAAAGCCUGGUUCCCUGGAGACUGUGUGUCCCUGCCUCAGGGCCGCCUCAGAGGAAGUGCUCGCUGAGUGUUUAGGAAAUGAGCAUAGAGGCUGAGAGCUCUUUGGAGGAGGAACUUGCCUUAUGUUCUUCUAGUGCUGUGAGCCUGACACAACAGAGGUCGUGGGGCCUGUGACCUGACCGUGUUCUCGGAGUGAGGCAGGGCCCCAGAUUACCUUUAUUUUGGAUUGGCCCCAGGCCUUUCCUGCUGCGGAUGGCUUUGCUCUCCGUCUCCCUUCCCUGGCUCCAGAGCCCAGCCCAGAGUCCUUUCUCCAGUGAAAGAGGCACGGAAGCAAACGGCCCUCCCUCCUGCAGGCAGCCAGCCCAGCCCGCCUUCAGCUCCUGCGCCCUGGCGACGGUUGCCAUGGAGAUCUAAAGAUAGAGCAGGAGUCUGGAGACCUGGGUCCUCUCCCUGCUCUGCCCACUGAGGGCGGCUGAUUCCCAUCCACCCACUCCUCCCCUCCACCCCGCCCCCUCCAUCCAGCAUGGGGCAUGCCCUCCCCUGGGAACCCGGCUCCAGCAGCGGCUGCAGUUAAUGAAUUCUGCUUUUCCCAGCCUGGCCUGCAGUGUGCGGCACCAGCUCAGGCUGGCUUCCGGCAGUCCCAGAACUGGAAUCUCAGAAUCAGAGAACCGUGGAAUCGUAGAGUGAGAAUUUUACAGUCAUAGAACCACAGUCCCCAUCAGAGAUUAAAUUCAGGCCUCCAAAAAGCGUCCAGUCUCCCAGGCUGUGUCAUUAUAUCCAGGGGGAAACCAAGGCCAGUGAGGCUACGUGACCUGCCCAAGGUAAAAUAGUUCAUGGCAAGGCCGGCUCUAGAAGCCAGGUCUCCCAGUGUCAGCCCUGUGCUCAGAGUUCUGGGCUCCCAGGAGACCAGGGUUCCUGGCAUGGCAGCAGUGAAGGGAUGGCCAGAUGGGAUUUCCAAGCCCUCCUUCAAUCAGAGCAGUUCUGUUUUUGGUGUUUUUUUUAAAGUAAGAGACUUUAUUUUUAUUUUUUUGGUGAGGAAGAUUGGCCCUGAGGUAACAUCUGUGCCAAUCCUCCUCUACUUUAUAUGUGGGACGCCUGCCACAGCAUGGCUUGAUGAGUGGGUUGUAGGUCUGCACCUGGGAUAUGAACCCCGAGAUGCCAAAGCAGAGCACUCAAACUUACCCACUACGCCACCAGGCUGACCCCAGAGCAGUUCUGUUUUUAUCCCAUUUAUAUCUUGGGUCUUGGAGUCAUUUUCAUUUGUGAAAAAGAGUUUUCCUACACUGCCCAAAAAGUUACAACAAAUCUCCUUGCUGUGCUCUGUUCAAUAACUAACCAUGACAAGCAGUUGGGGGUUGGUGCCAAAGGUUUCCAACCCAGUUCCACAGGCGGAAUUCCACGGUACAUAGCUGUGGGGAAUACCGCAUGCACCUUCACCAAGAACCAGACAUGUGAGCGUAUUAAAGGCUCUGAAAAGGCAGGUGGAAAAGAAACUUUUUUUCAUUUUGUUUAACCCAGUUUCCCGAGCUUGUUUGACUAGAGAACAUUUUUACCCUCUAGAAUCUUUUGAGACCAGUGUUGCGUGGAAUACGCUUUGGGAACGCUGGUCUGUGGCUCAGCCUCUUCAGCACAGUGUAACGCGUGGGAGGCCCCGCACUCCGCGUCAGAGUCCCAGGCAGGAUCGGGGGUCUCUUACUGCCUCACCUGUGACGUGGGCAAGACCCUUUUCCUCUCUCAGGGCCUCUGAACUCUGCGCACCUUCCUCUGCCCUUUCCUCUCCCUCGGCACAUCCUGUUGGUUCUACUCGGAUACUCCUGGAGGGCCUGUUCCGAGCCAGGCUCUGUUCUAGGCACCAAGGAAACACAAUGACCAAGGCAGGUGCAGUUCUAGUAAACUCCGUCGGGGAGCUUCCAGCCGACAAGGAGGGCAGAAAUUAACCCUGUGAUUCUGAAAGGGGUGAGUGCCCUGAAAGGGGAAGUGCGGAGCGCUGGAGAGGGGCUGAGGGCCGGGCCACGCUACUCACUGAGUCAGUGGCGGGGGUCUGGGGCAGUUCUGGUAUUUGUCUUUGUCCCGUUUUAGAUGUUCGAUGUCUGGAUAUUAGACCAGGCCACGCAGUGAUAACCAGCAGCCCCUCCUGUCCUAGAAUGCGUCUCCCUCUCCUUCCCCUGCUGCCUGUGGGGUCUGUGCAGUCUGGAUUCUGGGGGGGUCUCUUAUCAUGGCACAGCGGGGAGGACCCAGCCGUGCCCUUGACACCGAGAUGCCAAAAGGGCUCAUAUCACCCGGAAACUUGGGAGCUCGUGUUGGGUCCUCUGCCUCCCAAGAAGAUAAGGGAGCCCGGGAGGAGACCUGGCUGGGAUGCAUGAGGAUGGAGCUCUGUGAACUGGGGGUGAGGUUCCCGGCAGCUGGCCCCUCCCAUCUCUCCUGAUGAUGCCCCCGCCACGUGUCGCGGGAGGUGUGCGUCAGAAACCACGGCUGCCUUAGUUCAGUCCUCCCCGUGUUUGGCCUGCACCACCUCGGCAUUCCCCUCAUUGGUCUCCGGUCUCCAGCCUCUCCUCCCACACCCCCUUCCCUACUGCAGCCGGACCAAUUUUUUUAAAUUGUGGUAAUAACAUGAGAUCUACCCUCUUAACAAAUUUUUAAGUGUACAAUACAUUGUUAUUGACUGUAGGUACAGUGUUCAGUACAGCAGAUCUCCAGAGCUUGUUCAGGCCGCUUUUUCUAACAUGCAGAUCUGGCUGUCACUCCCUUUCUUAAAAUCCUUCAAUGGCUCCCUCUUGCCCUCAGCUGUGUUUGCCUCUGCAGACUUUAUGUUACUGCCCUCUUGCCCCCAACUCUUUCUCCCAAGCGUGUUCCUUUGUGUCGGUCAGUCCCUUCACAUCUGCUGCCCCUCUGCCUGGGCCAGCCUCCCACCCACCAUCCUCCGCUGGCCUUUGCUUCCUUGUCUUUCUAGGGUGUAGCUCAGCGGCCCCUCCUUGCUGGCCUCUGCCACCCCAGGCUAGAUUAGUGGGCAGAUUCUUGUGCAUUCUUCUGUGGCUGCACCUCUCAGACCAUCUCAUUUGUAUGUGAGCACAUCCUGGGCCCACAAUGGGGCCUGUUCAUUGUGUCCCCAGCGUGGGAGGGUACUCAGCACGUCCUGAAUGUCACAUACCUGAAUAAUAAACAACUAAGAAUCAUGGAGCACUUUACAGGUUGCAAAAUGCUCUUCAGCUGCUUUGAAGCACAUAACUGUCACCAAAAUGCAUUCUAUUUUAUUACCCCGACUUACUGAUGAGGAAACUAAGCUUCCGAGACAUUGAGCAAUUCUCCCAGGUCAUGUAGGGGUACACAGAUUCCAACAUGCUGCAAUUGUGAUGAAGGUCGUAUGUGACACAUGCGUGCACCAGAUGUGUAUGAAGAUUUUCAUUGCUGCACUCUUUGAAACAGCAGAGAUUAAAAACUACCUACAUGUCCAUCGAUAAGAGAAUAGAGAAAUAAACGUUCUGUAUUCAUACAGUGGAAUACCAUACGGCAGUUAAAGUGGAUGAGCCAGGUCUACGUGUCAGGACAGACUAAAUCCAAAACAGAUGAUAAUUGAGUGAAAAGCAAAUUGUAAAAGGAAAGGUACAGUGAGCUAUCAAUAUUUGGAAAGUUUAAAACACAAAAUAAUGCCGCAUGCUCAGGAAGGAAGUCCACAAACUUCAAGGACAGUGGUGACCUUUGGGGAUAGAGGAAAAGGAAGAAGAUGGGGUGGGGUGGUGGGCUUUUUUAUCUGUGUCACUUUAUUAUAAAAACAUUUGAUAUGAAUAUGGCAAAAUCUGAACAUCCCUGAUGUCUGCUUUGUUAUGUUCUACCGUUUUUGUGUUUGAAAUAAUUCCGUAAAGUUUUUUUUAAAAAAGAUUAGAUAUGCCUGGUCAAUGCACUUUAGAAACUAGAGGUGUAAAAACAUUCGUUCCCUCUCUCCCACCUCAGGAUAGCUGUGCUCUUUGAUGCCUCCAAGCUUUUCCAUUUGAAACUGUCGUCACGUGCUGUGUAAUGACAUUUUGGUCAACGAUGGACUGCAUCUAUGACGGUGAUCCCAUAAGAUUAGUACCACACGGGUUAGGUGUGCAGCCUACUGUACCGCAGAGGUUUGCAUAAGGACACUCUAGCAUGUCCACACAACGACGAAAUUGCCUAAGGAUGCGUUUCUGAGAACGUGUCCCCCGUCAUUAAGCGACAUGUAACUGUGUUGUGAGCACCUACUGUGUACCCUGGUCUAGAGAAA